AGCAGUGCAAAGAGAGCCAUUUCAAGAGGCGAUCAAGAGACAAAGACAGCAUAGCAUCAUGGUGUCUGCUGGCCUUCAGAUGCUGGGCACCGCCCUGGCCAUUAUAGGAUGGAUUGGUGUCAUUGUGGUCUGCGCACUUCCCAUGUGGAAGGUCACAGCCUUCAUUGGUAAUAAUAUUGUGACGGCACAGAUAUCAUGGGAGGGAAUCUGGAUGAGCUGUGUUGUGCAGAGCACUGGACAGAUGCAAUGCAAAGUCUAUGACUCCAUGCUGGCCCUCUCGUCAGACCUUCAGGCUGCCCGUGCCCUCAUCAUCAUUUCCAUCGUGAUUGGAAUCUUGGGCAUCCUUCUGGCUUUGGCUGGUGGCAAAUGCACCAACUGUGUCGAGGACGAGAGCUCCAAAUCCAAGGUUGGUGUCACUUCGGGAGCGAUUUUCAUCGUAGCUGGGGUGCUGUGUUUAGUCCCGGUGUGCUGGACAGCCCACGUCAUCAUCCAGGACUUCUACAAUCCCUUGCUCAAUGCGGCUCAAAAGAGAGAGAUUGGAGCAGCACUUUACAUUGGCUGGGGGGCCGCCGCCCUGUUGCUCAUUGGGGGAGGUUUGCUCUGCUGCAACUGCCCGCCAAAGGAGGAUAGAGGAAAUUACACAGCCAAGUAUAACGCUGCCCCUCGGUCUGACGCUUCUGCACCCACCAGAAAAAACUUUGUGUGAAACUAAGAUCUAAUGGAUUCUGGAAAUAAUGGAUAAUGGAUUCUACCUUUGAUGUUUACAAUCUUGGGUUUGUCCAAGGUGUAAUGGCUCAGAGAGUUUGGAGCUAAGCAGGUAUCAUGGGAACUUGAAAAGCAUUGAAUGAAAAGCCAAUGGUACAAGUUUCCCCAAAUUUAUAUACACAGUACUUAGAAAACAAGAGGAAAAUGAGGAACCACUUAAAUUGUUUAAAAAACCUCUUGUCAGUUAAAGGAGGCUAAGCUGGAAAUCUGUCUUGUCUGAAUAUGAUUUAAUUGUUAACUCUUUUGUAAUACGGUCCUGAUAAAUGUGUCAUGUGAUUUACUUUUAUUAUGCUUUUUCGUUUUUUUAAAGUAUUCAAACUCAUGUUUUUUUUUGUAAAUAUUCCAAUUAUAUACAGCAAACAGCAACAUAUUUGGACAUUUUUCUGCUUUUUUGAUAUGAACACAUGUCAAAUGGAAAAAAUAAAAAAAUACAUAUUGCUAUUAUA